AUGCAACCUUUUCCCUUUCAUUUUGAAGCCGAUCUAUCAAUCAUUAUCAUGGAUGCUUCGAAAAUUCAAGAGAGACUAGAAACAAAACACGCCAUUGAAACUGUCAAUAAAGUGUGUUCUGAAGAGCUUGCGGCAGUAACCACCAUCGAGCGAUUCAUACAACCCAACCUCCAAUUUUGGUCAUAUGAUCGAUUCAAUGCGCGGCUGUACUGCGUUUUGGAUACAAAAAGGAUGGUUACGGGAAAAUACGAAUUUUUUAAAAGCGAAAGUGGAACAAUAAUCCUUUCCCCUUUUAAGAAGGAAAUGUUCUCAUCAGACAUAAGCGUAAAUACGGGAAGCGUUCGAUUCGUCGUUGUUCUGCCUUCAUGGGAAGAAGACGAAAAUGGAUUCAAAAACGAAGUAAAACGAGUGCUCCCGAAUUCUGAAAUUAAUGUAUUAAUGGAGCAAGAACGAUCAUCUUAUGGCAAAUAUCGCUUCACAAUUGAUUUAAAGGAACACGGCUACGCACCAUGGGGCUACCCUGACUUUCAAAUGGAGGCACUAAACAAGCUGGAACAUCUCGUAGAAUUGCCGUUUAUGAGAGAAGCAAAAGUGGAAGAAAUUAAGUGGUACAGUCAAGAAGGUAUGCGAUUCUACGGAAUAUAUUUUGACGCUUAUUACAAAAUCAACCGAACCAUCUCAAACGGAACAUGUGAAGAGUUUUUAAACACCCUCCAGCAAAAUAUUCCGUAUACCAUAGCAUGCAGAAAAACUGGUGAGGAGAAGAGUCUUCGAUUUGCCGAAAGAUCAGUUGUAAAGCUGGAGCUGUACUUUGAUAUGCACAGUUGGUCAAAAGACAAUGAUGCUAGGAUUCAUCUCACAGUUGCUACGAAGUUAAGAACAUCGCAGCGUAAAUGUUUAUAUCCUGUUCGGAUCAGGCCCAAAACGUCCUUCUAUGAACCUAGUAAAUGUGAUGAGCCACAUGUGGGAUACUCGUUUGAUGUCUACCUAAGACGAAAGCUUAAAUACGAAAAUCAAUUCGUGGACGCUUGCAAAGCGAUAGAAGAGCAAUUAACGCUCCCAAUCGCGAACUGUACUAUCAUUACAUCAAAAACCCCAAGACAUGUACAAAUCGUGACGGGUGAAAUCAAUGAUGGUGUGUUGAAUGUACUAACUCAACUCAUGGAAGAGCUUAAUGACGAAAACAAGCCAUCCUGUACAUCCAACGUAGCCCUGCGUAAAAUAAGCAAGGAGAUACCCCAACAAUAGCUUACGCCGCGUUGUUACCUCACUUUUUCUCUGUGUCGUAAACUACACCUACUUUAGCAAAU